GCGCGCCGAUUGAGCCAUUCCACGAUUGAGUGCUGAAGCGAACACAUCGCGGCUGCUUGAGAUACAUCAGGAGGAGAGAGAGAGGUUCACUUGAUAGGAGAGUGUGGAGGAAGAGAAACAGCCAAGUGUCCAAAGUCAUCAUCUUGCAUGUCUGUUGGGGCUGAAAGUGAAAAGUAUCAGUGAUUUUUCCAAUCUCGCGAGUGCUCUGUGAUUACCCAUCGUACUCUGCACGUUUGCUAAAUGCGGAAAUUUGAGCACUGAGAGAGAGAGACACUUGAUUGGGAAUUAACGCUCAGUGAAUUGCCAAGAGAGACGGAAUUGAAGACAAAGUGAAAUUGUGCAUCAAGGCAUCAAGGAAAAGCUCGACAGAGAGAGGAAAAAUUGUGUGAUCGCGUGUGCUCUCUUCUUCUUCAUCUAAUUUAUUAUAGUUCUUUCCCUUCGCUCUUCUCUCUUUUAUUGUAAAUAGGAUAUUUGAAACCAAAAUGAAGCAAUUAGUAGUAUUAGUGUGUGUACUGGUCGUAGUUGCAGCACUUCCUGUUCCAGAGGAGCCCAAAACAUCACUAGACCUUCUGCAAAUUCCACUACAGAAUGGCAAGGAACUCGACAUUUUGUCACUCACAGACGAGAAUGGUAAAUUGAGCGAGAGGAAUAAGAGAACAAUUGAUAUUCUGCGGCAACUCUUCCCCACCAUUUCGCAGAUAAUCGAGCAGAAGAUCCAGAUGAUCCUGCCGGUCUUGAUCCGUACAGUGGGGCCACUCCUGCUGCGCGGCGGACUGGGCGGUAGUUCCGGCGGGGGCACCGCUCAGACGGGCAAUGGUGACGAUGAUGACGUCGAGACGAACGCGGGCGACCGCAAGGUUAGCGUGUCGCUGCCUGUCUUCGAGCCUGGCUCAGACGACGACGACGAGGACGAUGACUUUGUGGACAACAGCGCCAAGCCCACGAGCGCCUCGUCCACCAUUGAGCCAGAGAAGACCAUCAGUCUGCGCACGAGAAUCGAUGGGGUGGAGGCGGGCGGCGAUGAGGACCCCACGGCGGAGCCCGUCGCCGAGACCGCCGCGGCGACGGUCACAACCAAGUCCGAUAAUCAAAAUUUGUUACUAACAUGUGGAUCAUUUCCAUUUGUCUCACUCUCCAUCCAGGCCGCGGGCAAAGAUGCCGAUAACUCAUUGGACGCGAAUGCGAUCAAUGAACAAUUGGAGACGAUAAGGGUGGUGCGCGAGGCUGUGGCCGCGGCCGCGGCCAAGGAUCGUCUGGAGACCACUCAGCAGGAGGAGCAGGGAGUGCGAAAUCUCGAGGCGACGGGCGACCAGAGCCCGGCCGAGUCGCAAGCUCCGGCCGUCGAUGAUCUCUCCCUGGACAACGAGGCGGACGACGAGAACAGAAACAAGAGGUUCAGCUCUUCUGGCGGAAGUGGUGGCACAGCAGGCUCAGGAAACUUCCUUUUCGACAUUAUCCGUCAAACAGCAGAUCGUGCUGCCCGUGCUGCUGGAACCGUUUACCGGGUAGUUGCUGGAACUGAAUCACUCGGUGUCAACAUAUCCGCCUCUCACAAAGCGACUGUGCCCCUAACAGACGGGACAUCAAGUAUUGGACAGAGUCCUUCGCUCUUCGCCGGCAGCUCAGGCACUCAGUCCCAGGACGAAAGCGCCAACGCGGCCGAUGGCGCGGCUGUCGGCGGUGAUGGAUACACCGAAGGCAUUCCUGGACCAGUCACUCGACUCUUUGUGCUUGGCAACCGAGGACUCUCCAAUCUCAUUCAAGAUUUAAUUUUGCGCAUCGCUCGGACUAGUGAGCGACUCGUGAACUUCAAGGCACGACUCAUAACUUCCCUUAUCUAAGAAGGACUCUCCUGAGCUCAUCGCAUUCGCCCAAGCGCCCAAAUGACUCUGCUGUCUGGAAAUACUCAGCCACAUUCUGCUCAUCCUCCGGAGCUUCUUUCCUCAUCUUCGCUUUUGCCUCUUGUUUCCUGCACGCUCUCUGCCUCGAAGCCUCUUUCUCUGUAGCGCUUUAUUUAUGAGAAGCUCUAACACGUUGAUAAAAGGAAUUUUUUGGUGGUUGGUCAACCAUUUAUGUGGCUAUUCUUGGUACAUUUCUCUCGUAAUAUUUAUUCUCUCCGAAUGCAUAGUUAAAUUGUCUCUAUUCAUAGUCUCUAAUCCAUUGUCAUCUUUGGAGUGAAAUCAGUAGAAGAUCUUUCCUUUCCUCUUCUCUGUCUCUGCACUGUAUCUGUAGCAUUUUUUUUGUGUAUGUUUAUGUAGCCAACUUACCUCUGUUCAAUUUUGACUGUGGUAAUUUAUAGUGUUUUGAUUUUCUCCUCGACUUUAUCUCACCCGAAAACUGCCGCCCGAAGUCAAAUCAUUCGCAGACGAUUUUACAAUACUCAAAAAGGAAAAUUUCAAUGAAUGGUGAAACUGAAGAAAAAACACUGUUUCACGAAAUUCUCUUGUGGAAAAUUCUCUGCAAAGUCUCUGAAAAAAAAAGAAAAAGCACCACUUUUUACAAAUCCAACAUUUGAAAACUAUAAUAAUUCAUGAAAGAUCAAAAGUCAUUGUAUGUAAAUAGAUUGAAAGGUAUAAAGAAAAAAAAACUACAAAUAGAUAAUAGAAGAAAUGUGUAAAUAUUACAUGCCUAAUGUAACAAAAACAUGGAUAAUUCUCUAAAAGAAAAAAAAAAUGAAGCGAUAAAGUAAAUUCAACAAAAGUAAAUUUGUGAUUGUCUCAAUGUACGAGUAUAUUAUAAGUCUUUUUUUUAUAUAAUUUAAUAUUGCCCGUUUUCUGGUUGUAUAAAAAGUUUUUUUUUAUGAAUUGGGAGUCUUUGUCAAAAUAAAAAUAAAUUCUUAGUGUGAAGGCUUUUUUGCCAUAGACAAGGUUGUAAUUUAUAGCAAUUCCAAGCAUCAUAUCCAUGCGACUGCGCUGUUCCAAAUGGAAAAAAGAAGUGAGGACAAAAGUGUGUUUUGUAAUCAUUUGAAAAUAUCACAAUGUAUUAAUUCUUAUCACAAACAUUGAGAAGACGAACAAAAAGCUAAUGUGUAAAUAAAACAGAAUAUAUUCCUUGUAUGU